AUGCAGACCGACAGGGACUAUCUGCUCUCGCUCCAGGCGGUCCGCGCCAACGCCGCCAAGGUCCUGGACGCCGCCAAGAAGGGCGAGCUCAACCACUUCGACUACGACCCCUCGCGCAUGGGUGACGUGUCCGACUUUGUCAUGGGCGUCAUCAAGCGCGACUUUGGCCCCGACAAGUUCGACACGAUCCCGCCCCACGGUCGCUGGCAGCACUUUGACGUUGGCGGCGUCCCGCGAGUGCAGUCGCUGAUUUCUGCAUGGGCCGACGAUGGAUGCAAGGACAUGACCGAGGUCACCCGACGGCUGAUUGAUCUCUUCUUCGUCUCCGUCCUCCUCGAUGCUGGUGCUGGCGAUCACUGGCGCUUCAAGGAGCCGGGGACGGAAGAAUACUACGUCAGAAGCGAGGGCAUCGCUGUUGCAUCGCUCCACAUGUUCAAAGCCGGAGCCUUUGUCUCCAAGGGCUCAAAGCCGGACCAAGUUGACGGCCAAGGUCUCUUGUCUCUGACCGAAGAAGCGUUCAACGGCUUCUUCCAAAUCUCGCCCGAGAACCCCAUGGUUGGCGUCGCUUCUCGCGUGCGCUUGCUCAACGACGUGGGCGCAUCUCUGCUGAAGCUGUCUGACAUUUUUGGCGAGGCUGGUCGACCAGGGAACAUGGUUGACUACCUAACCAAGCGAGCUGGUACUCCUGGCACCCUUGACUACGAAGAUCUUUGGUCUUGCCUUCAGCGCGUGUUGAUUCCGUCCUGGCCCCAGGAUCGCACAUCGAUCGACAGUCAGCCCAUCGGAGACGCAUGGCCUCUAGCUGUCCUGGCUAAAAGGGCCGAGGAAGACAACGCCACGACAUCAAGGAACACCAUUCAACCGUUUCACAAGCUCACGCAGUGGCUGGCCUACUCUUUGAUGGUCCCCUUUGUGAGGCUGCUCAAGUUCGAGUGGAAGAACGCCGAGCUGGGGACAGGCCUUCCGGAGUAUCGCAACGGGGGCCUCUUUGUUGACCUCAAAGUCUUGCUCCUCAAGGAAAAAGACUUGGCGGAAGGUCUCCAGACGUCUGGAGAAAAGCUUCCCGGGUACGAUGCUGCAUCUGAUGUGAUUGUAGAGUGGCGCGCCAUGACGGUGGCGUUGCUGGAUGAAUUGUAUCAGGUCGUGUCGGCCAAGUUCGCCGAGGAGGGCGUUACAUUGACCAUGGCUCAGAUGCUGGAGGCUGGGAGUUGGAAGUCGGGACGCGAGUUGGCUGCCAAGUACAGGCCGGACACAAAGUCGAGCCCAAUUCUCGUCCGAGGCGAUGGAACUCUGUAUUAG